AUGGAUUCCACUACAAUAUUGAUGACGGACGGCCUGUUUACAGAGGGCUUUGUCACUCUCGACCUCCAGAGACGGGACCACGAGGAGGGACACGGGACGCACCCGCACACAGUCAUGCCACAGAGAACUACUCCCCUUCAGGAUGCCACAAAGCAUAUCCUUGAAGGAAGAGACAAGACUGCUAUGUUAGAAGUAAAACAUAUUAAUCCAGUCAAAGGUCGUGGUAUUUUCUCUACCACUGUUUUCAGUCAAGGAGACUUUGUUGUGGAGUAUAGGGGGGUACUUGUUGAUUCAGCUGAACAGAGACGUAAACAGAACCAGAGUGAAUGUUCAGUCUUCAUGUUCGACUUCACAUGGAAGCGGAGGAUUUGGAGUAUUGAUGGCGGAGAGGAAGACGGAUCUUUUGGACGAUUAGUCAAUGACGAGCAUAAGUUGCCCAACUGCCGAAUGAAGUUGAUUGAGGUCCGCGCCGCUCUGUACAUGACCACGCCAGUCUAUGUCCGCGCUCGGUACAUGACCACGCGCGCUUAUGUCGCGCUCUGUGUACAUGACCACGUCUAUGGUCCCGCGCUCUGGUACAUUGACCACGUCUAUGGUCCGGCGGCUCUGUACAUGACCACGUCUAUGGUCCCGCUCGGUACAUGA